UUAAAAGCCGACUCUGACAAGGCGUGCGGUAGGAAAAUUACUAUCUUUGCCACUGACGGCCAGCUGCAACAGUUGGUCAGGGCAAAGACCUGGUAUCUAGAUGGAACCUUCAAGUUGGUGAGACAACCAUUCACACAGCUCUUCUCAGUAAAUGCAUUCGUGCGGUCUGGUGCGCACAUGAAGCAGGUGCCUCUUGCAUUUAUCCUGAUGUCUGGCAAGAGAAAGAAAGACUACAAGAAGGUAAAAAAAAUUCUUACAGACAAAUUUAUCUAUAAACUAACCAUAUGGCACUGGCUUAGAUUCUACAGGGGUCAUUUUAUUAUUGUCAUCUUUUUUUAAAUUACACAAUAAUUUACAAACACUUCUGACAGUUUAGAGCUUGCACUAAUUAAAAUGUUUACAGGAUGGUACAAUAUUACGGUUUUUACAUUUACAUCUUGAUGUCCUCUUUUUUGAAGGUUCUUAAGGCAAUUAAGGAACUGCUUCCAUCUGACUGUCGUCCAUCGCUGUGUCAUCGAUUUUGA